AAAUAAAUGAAAGAGAAAGUAAAAAGUAUUCGUUGAGGAAGUGGCUUUGCGAUCCAGAUUAUAGCACAGUCAUGUUGUUGUACAUUCAUCAGUUUUUCGCGUUAUAAAAGGAAAAGUAAAGGGAUAUUACCAAAGCGAUUUGGGUUUUAAAACACGUACAGCAUCGCGUAAAGUUCAUUUGAGGUCAGGCGACAUGUCCCGUGGUUCAAACGCAGGUUUUGACCGACACAUCACCAUCUUUUCACCGGAGGGCCGCCUUUACCAAGUCGAGUAUGCCUUCAAAGCCAUCUCUCAGAGCGGCCUGACCACAGUGGGAGUGCGAGGGUCUGACACUGUAGUGGUGGUUACACAGAAGAAAGUACCUGACAAGCUUUUGGAUUCAACCACUGUGACCAACGUGUUCAAACUCACUCCCAGAAUUGGCUGUGUUAUGACGGGACACAAUGCGGACAGCCGUUCCCAGGUGCACAGGGCUCGAGUGGAGGCCGGAGAGUGGAAGUAUAAGUUUGGAUAUGACAUCAGUGCUGACAUGUUGUGUCGGAGACUGGCUGAUAUCUCACAGGUCUACACUCAGAACGCAGAGAUGAGGCCACUAGGCUGUUGUAUGAUAUUAGCAGCCAUAGACCCCCUGCAGGGCCCUGUGCUGUAUAAGUGUGACCCGGCUGGUUAUUACUGUGGAUUCAGGGCUACAGCGGUGGGAGCAAAACAGACAGAAGCCAACAGUUACCUGGAGAAAAAACUCAAAAAGAAACCGGAGCUGACCCACGACCGCGCUGUGCAGAUGGCCAUCUCGUGUUUGUCCUCAGUCCUGUCUUUGGACUUUAAGGCCACUGAGCUGGAGAUUGGAGUGGUCACCAAAGACAAACCCAAAUUCAGAACACUUACAGAGGCAGAGAUCGAGGCACAUCUGAUCGCCAUUGCAGAGCGGGAGUAGCAGGUCAUCAUGUUAGGAUUUGACAUUACAUUUCUGUUAGAUGUUUUUUCCACUAUCAAAUAACACAUUAACCAAACUCAAAUAAACCCAGUUGACAUGAA